CAAAAUGGCGGAAGUGAACGUACAAAAUCUUCUCCGUUUGUACAAGCUUAGGGACAGGUUUGACGCCGUAAUCCUAGCUGUUCAUGCUUGCCUUGUGGAGCGAGAAUUCCGCUGUAUCAAUUCAGGGGAGGAGAGAAACACACAACAAGAAUUUGAUUUCGGAGAGACUCUUCCUCCCAAUUGGAAUUCUCUUGACGAUGUUUACGCUCUUCAGUACCGAAGAGGAAACUUUAGUUCUGUGUACAUUUUAAAAGCCUUGAGGCUGGGUGAUAAAAUGAUGCUGUAUCUCAUGGAGGAAGAUGAAUCCAAAAUGUUUGACAUAGAACUGGAUGUGGAGAGCUACACUUCCACAUCAGCUGAAUACAACUCUACACAGGGUACCCAACAGAUGGACAGAAUAUUCAAACACCUGGAGCAAUUGAAGACAAAAAUAUUCAAAGAAGUUGUCGACAAAUUUACUUCAAGCACCAGCAGGGCAGGUUCCCAUGAGGAAAGAAGGCAGAACAGAACAGAUAAUCAGAGGGAGCAACCAAGCAGAUUGAUUGAUGAUGACCCACUGAGAAUACCUCCACGCAGGCCACCAGACUUUCAUGGGGAAUGGGCACCACCUGCAGUAGGGCCUUUUAGAUAUGGUGAUGGAGACAGGUUCCCUGGACACCCAGGUGGUAGUGGUGGCAUGUUGAUGGACCCUUUUCGUACAGGAGGCAUGGGUGGGGUAGGACCUGGAAGGUUUGGACCACCACCCCUCCCAGGACAGUUGCCAAGGGGUGCUGUCCCUCCAGGGGCCAGGUUUGAUCCAUUUGGACCAGUACCACCUAGAGGAUCAGGUGCUGAUCCACGGUCAGGAAGAUUUGCUGGACCUGACUCAGAUCACUUGCCACCACCAGGAUAUGAUGACAUGUUCAUGUGAAACUAAUGGUUAAAAAAAAAUUGGUUCUUCAAGCCUAGAAUUAUGAAGAAUUGGCUUGUUAUUUCUAAGUUAAACUUAGUUUUAUGAUGCUGUUACAGAUUGAAGAUAAAUUGAACUUCAUUGUUUCAGGUCUUAUUAAAAUAACUUUUGUUCAGAUCUCUGACUGGCUUAAUUUGUUGAUAUUUUACACAAGUACAGUUCAAACCAUCUUAUGAGCCAAAACUAUCAUUAAUGACAAUUAAAAUGUAGGGAGUUACAAAGUGAAUAUCUUAUAAGUAAUGCAUGGUUGUUUUCUAGAAGGGAGCUAACAAAAUUCUCUAGCUUCAAUAUUACCACUCUAGAUAGUCUCCUGAAGCUUUUCACAUGAAUAAAUUCAUAGCUGCUUGUAAGUGUGCGAGCAUAAUUUCAUUUUUAGCCCUGUGAAAAUGGUGCUGACUAAAACUGAGAGCUAUAACUGAGAGUAUUUACCACUUCCUAUUCUGGAUUUCAAGUGUUGGUCGUAAAUAUGCAGACAAGAGGCUGUACAGCAGUCCCUCGUUUACAUGCUCAUGGCAACAAGUGUUUUGUAGUUGAUGCAUAUGCUUAUAGCAAACAGAUAUUUUCCCCAACAUGUAGACUUCUCUCUGGCUGAUUUUAUUCCUUCUUCAGAGGCAAAAAUCAGGUCACUAAAUUCUCCAAGAUAUGAUAGCUUAUUUAUUUUUGAUUUGUUUAUUUUGUUGGCUCCACAUUAGUAUUUAGUGUUACAUGAAUUUUUGCAAAUUCUCAUUACCAGCUCUAUAUAUAUAUAUAUCUGUGGGACACCAUUAGAUUUGUGAAGGAUCUGGAGAAAUGAUCACUCGUAAGACCAAGGGUGUGUAGAAAGAAGCAAAUAGUUUGUCUAAUAAAAGUAGCUGUGAGCACAGAUGGAAACACAAAAUUGAAGUAGGUGUUGCAGAAUUUUUAUUCCUCCCAGUUGUUGGUUUUAGUCAACAUAUGCACAUUGACAGAUCUUUAAUUCAUAGAAAAAUACAAAUUGAAGUAGCUGUGGGCAGAUUUUUUAUUUACAGCAAUACAUCAACAUGUCUCAGGUAAAGAAAACAAAUUUGCUAAUUGUGAAGUCAAAGCAUAAAGGAGUAAUAGUCGCAAUUCACUCAAUUGUGUUCCAAAGUUGAGAAAAAAAGGGAUACUUCAGAGGAUUUCAAAGGUCAUCUUAAUCCCAAACUGUACAUAGUACAUUAGUUUUUCAGCUAUUUUGUUUGGGCUCGUAAAUAUUGCUUAAUAUGCUACAGUUGCUAUGUGAAAUCUCAUUGUUAAAAGCUGCUCCUCUUAAAAAAGCCAGAUUUCAUGCAGUUGUUAGAUCCCAUAUCAAAACUAAUUUGGAUCAGUUGAAACAUUGAGACUGCUCAGAAAAUGCACUUGUUUCAAAUGUACAAAGUUCCUGCAUGAUUCUCCUACUUACAACUGAUUCCAUGACAUUUUUUUUAGGUUACAAUGACCAUCAAAGAUAAUGGGCUACAUUUGCACACAAGAGCCCCUAAAAUUGGCCACUUUUUUAUUUAAAUUUGCGCUUUGGUAACAAAAGCAAAAUAAGCUAUCUUGAUGUCCAGUUCUUUGUAUACUACAUUCUAAUCAUUGUGGUCUUAGGUUCUCUUCCCUCUGAUUAACCGAAAAAGUUAGAGAAAGAGCUUUGGCUCAGAAUUAAAAAUACAAAAAUUGCAAUGAAUUGUCUCUGAGUUACAAAAAAGAAAAAAAAAGUAAAGUUCUAAGCUUAAAAAGAAAUCAAAUAAAUAGCAACAGUUAAACAAUUUGUGAAUUUCAUAUUAGCAAUUUUUCUGAAAAUGACAAUCUUCAUUGCAAUGUGGAGGUAGGAUACUCCUGGAAUGAAUGACAUGCAAAAAUUGUACAUCCUAUAUCUCAAACUACUUGAAAUAAUUAUAUUAAUUACAAUUUCACCCAGCUCCAACCAAACUUCAUGGAAUUCCUCCAAAAAUCAGUGUAACACAUGCAAAGAAGGGUACACAAACAAUUCCCUAAAUGAAUUCCUUGUAAAUAGAAAAGUCUCUGAGCAGAUACAAUAAUACAAGGAAAUGAUCUUAGGGCUCAACACUGACAGUAGUCAACUAACCAGUUGAAAUUCCGUUCUGGCUAGUGGUUUUCAAUUUCCGCUAGACAGUUUGGUUAGUAAACAAACUGAAAUGUUGUAACAUUUAAGGUGUCAUUAGCCACUUGGCUAGUAAGUUGAAAGGUAGUGUCAAGCCCUGGAUCUACAGAAGGAGGGAAAAAUGCACCUUUUGUAGUUUAAACCCUUUGACUCCAACAAGUGAUCAAGACAGAAUUUAUCCUUACAAUAUCAACAUCAUAAUUAUCAAGUGAUGAGAAAAAACUAUAUGGAUUGUGGGAUGUAAGAGUUGAACUAACAUAACAAGAAUUGUGUGGCAGACAGUAAUGAGAAUUACUAAUGAGAUCUUGGGGUGAAAUAGUUAACAUUGUGUGAAGGCAACUCGACACUGAUUUGUGGUUGGGGAUGCUGUUUCCAUUUAAUGAAAUUUUCCAUGCUACUAAAACACAGAAUAAUCAAAGCAUACUUCAACUCAAAUGUAGGAAAAGUAAACUAUACAGGUGAUGGGUACUAAAUGAAAA